UGUAGCUGCCUGUGGUUGUCAGGAGGAGGAAUGUUGAAGUCACUAGCAGGGUGACAGGCUCCUGCUGAAAGCAAUACCUGCUCCCCAGUGUUGUCACUUCUCAUCCCUCUACAAAUAUAAAUAAUAACAAUGAACUCUGGUCCUCCCUCUUCUCACUGCUGCUGCUGAUAUGCAGUAUUCUGGCAGCUUUCUUUUCGGACAUCCGAGCUGAAGCUUUGAUGUCGCAGGCUGUCCUUUCUGAGCCUGUGAUUAAUUUGCAGUGCAGUAUCUGCUUCUUCUUCACCAUUACAACAAGGAGAAAGGGACCUGCAUGAGGUGUGGAGAAUUGUCAAGAUGGCAGCAGUAGGAGCACGGAGGUUAUGUGCUUAGUGUAUGAUCACACAUACAAGAUCUCGCUGCAGCCUAUCUGGAUACUGGGACAUAAAUACUGGAUUGGUAUUGUUUUUCUGCGCAAUGUUUGCUGGAUGGAAAGGGAUUCCUGGAUGUGAUAGCGGUGUAACUCUUCUGGAUGGGUGAUUUCUUUAUUGCACGUGAAAACCCUUGUGCGGGAGUGGAUUUGCAGCUAAGUUCUAUGAUUCUUGAGGGAUAUACGCGUGCACACAGAGAGCCAGGCAAGGUGUGACACGGGGACUCUAUGCCUGCGCGGUGUCAGUGCAAGCUGAAUCUCCACUGCUGGGACAGUUUGCAGGGACAGCCUUCACCUCCCCCCGGGACUCAGUGGAACACCUCUGAGUGCUCCCGCAGCGGGGCUAGAGGGUCCCACGUUUGUCAUAGUAACCAGUUCCCCCAUGAGAGGAGGGUUUGUUCCUUUGCAAUGAGUUCUAACUGACGUUAGUUUUUUGCAUAACUAAAGGGUAUUUAAUUAUAUACACAGCUAUUGCUUCCUAUUUGGAAGGUUGUGCAUCAUGACAGAAGCCACAACCUCGCUGUCCCCAGUGGAAGACGUGGAGUAUGACCCGGACUUCGAGCCCCAGAGCCGGCCCAGAUCUUGCACAUGGCCCCUGCAACGGCCGGACUCUCAGGACAGCCCGGUCAAGCCUAGCAGCGCUGGGGAGCCCGGGGACGUAAACUCUAUGAUCCCGGAGGAAGAGGACGAUGAUGAUGAGGAGGUACUGGGGGCAGCAGCAGCUGCUGCGAGUCCCGGGGAGAGAGGGACACUGCUGUUGUUGAGCAGCGCUAGCGGAGGGGAGCUGGGCUCAGUGGCCGUACUAACUGCUACAGCUGGAGGACUGGAUGCAGUGCAGGCAGCCCAAGGAGGCAGCGGAGCAGCCGGAGCUCUGAGCGGGGUAGCCGGACAGCAGAGAAAGUGCUCGUCCCGCAGAAAUGCAUGGGGCAAUAUGUCAUAUGCGGACCUUAUUACCCGAGCCAUAGAUAGCUCCCCGGACAAGAGGCUCACGCUAUCACAGAUAUACGACUGGAUGGUCCGCUCAGUGCCCUACUUCAAGGACAAGGGAGACAGCAACAGCUCGGCUGGGUGGAAGAAUUCAAUACGACACAAUUUGUCUCUGCACAGCAGAUUUAUUAGAGUUCAGAAUGAAGGCACAGGAAAAAGUUCUUGGUGGAUGAUCAACCCAGAAGGAGGAAAAGGCGGAAAAGCACCAAGAAGACGGGCUGUUUCAAUGGACAACAGCAACAAAUAUACAAAAAGUCGCGGCAGAGCAGCAAAGAAAAAGGCAUCCAUGCAGGUAUCUCAGGAUUCUACAGAAGAUAGUCCUUCUCAACUUUCUAAGUGGCCUGGGAGUCCCACAUCUCGAAGUAGUGAUGAAUUGGAUACUUGGACAGAUUUCCGCUCCCGUACAAACUCUAAUGCCAGUACUAUAAGUGGACGUUUGUCUCCAAUUCCUGCCACAACUGAACUUGACGAUGUUCAAGAUGAUGAUUCUCCUCUUUCCCCUAUGUUGUACAACAGCCCAGGCAGUAUGUCUCCAUCUGUAAAUAAACCAUGCACGGUAGAAUUGCCAAGGUUGACUGAUAUGGCUGGAACUAUGAACUUAAAUGAUGGCCUGACAGAGAACCUCAUGGAUGACCUGCUAGAUGACAUUUCCCUUAGUUCUCAGCAGUCAUCUGCUGGCGUACUCAUGCAAAGAAGCUCUAGCUUUACUUAUGGCACUAAGGGCUCAAGUCUUAGCUCUCCUAGCAGCUUCAACAACACUAGUAGCUUCAACUUUCCUAUGACUGCUCUGCGUCAGUCUCCCAUGCAAACUAUCCAAGAGAACAAGCAAGCUACAUUUUCUUCCAUGAACCAUUACAACAACCAGUCUUUGCAGGACCUACUGAACAUUGACUCACUGAGCCAUAGUGAUGUUUUGAUGACUCAGUCUGACCCACUCAUGUCCCAGGCUAGUACUGCAGUAACUGCUCAGAACUCCAGAAGGAAUAUAAUUCUGAGGAAUGACCCUAUGAUGUCUUUUGCAGCACCAUCCAACCAGGGGGGAGGUUUGGUAAAUCAGAACUUGCUCCACCAGCAGCAACAGUCCCAUAACUCUUUUCUUGGUGGCAGCCGUGCCUUGUCAAACAGUAUAAAUAAUAUUGGUUUAAAUGACAGCAACAAUUUGGACUCAUCCAAACACCAGCAGCAGUCCUCAGUUGGUCAGUCUAUGCAAACACUCUCUGACACGCUCUCAGGAUCCUUAUACUCCACAGGCGUGAACCUUCCAGUGCUUGGGCAUGAAAAGUUUCCAAGUGAUUUGGACCUGGAUAUUUUUAAUGGAAGUUUAGAAUGUGACAUGGAGACUAUUAUCCGCCAUGAACUUAUGGAUGCAGAUGGGCUGGAUUUUAAUUUUGACUCCCUCAUCUCAGCUCAGAAUGUCAGUCUAACAGUGGGGAAUUUCACUGGUGCUAAGCAGACAUCAUCACAGAGUUGGGUUCCAGGCUGAAGAAAACUGAACUAGAUAGGCCCAGAAACUGACAAGAGACCCUAAAAGUGAAACCCUUUGCCAAAACUGCUGUCAGCCAGUGGACAGUGAUACAGUUUACAGCUUCUGAUCCUUUCGUGAAAUUUACAUCAUAUUCCUCGUCUUUGCAAAGACUGUUAGCUGAAAUCCUCCAUCCCAAGUGAAGAUCCUUCCUGGAUAUUUUUAACUCAUUUUUAAGUAUGCAAAAUCAUCUGUACAGGAUGACAAAGUACCUGUGGUGAAGACUGAGUUAAAUAUUCUCCUCUUGCAAACACUGUGCGUAGCCUUAUGCAGUGGUGUUGGUCAGUGUAUUUAUCUUUGAAAGGGCCUACUUUGCAUUGCAUACCCCACCAGCUCUCAAGUGGUUUAUAAUCUAUGUGGUGUUCUUUUUUCUUUCUUAAAGUUUAGGGGGUUUCUUUUGUAUUCCUUAGUUUUUAAGGGAAUGUUCAGUUUCCUUUUGUAUAUAUUGUUUUCUUUUCUUCCUAAAAGUAACUGUCCUUGACAGAAAUAUUCUGAUAGGCCUUGAGCAUUUAUAUAAGCUAACAAAUGUCUACUGCCUCCUCCUUUAUGAUAAAAAGACAUCUUUUUCAUGGAAGACUAUUCAAGUAUCACUUUUAUUUCCGUUCGAAAUCUACUAGUAUUUUUAAUUAAAGGAUGAGGCAAUUCAGGGAUAAAUAAAUGUUGCUGACCUGGUACUACUUCCUAUAACCCAAAUCAGUGUGUACUGCUGUGUUUGUCCAAAAUUCUCUUCAGUCGUGAUGUUUAUGCAAGUUGUGUUUACCUUGUUUCUUCCUUAUUUUGCUACCAAAUACAGAGUUUUUAAAGGGUUUAAGAACACAAAUAUCUGACAAAUGGUGCGCUCUUAUAGUGCCACUAGUUGCUUAUAUUACCAUAGACAGGAUUACUGUACAGAGGUGGUUGUACAUCUCAUGGCACUACAUUGGUCUUCCAGUGUCUAGGUUCAUUUAGAGUAAUCCUUUCUACAUACACAAAACCCUGGAUAAUAGAAUAAAAGAUUUACCCAGCAUUCACUUCACUAACACAUACUAGUAGAAUAUGACCGAGUGGAUGAAAUGGGCAAUUUGUAUUUAUAUCCAGGAUAUUUUAAGAAGGCACUGUGGUGCUAUUAACCCUUUAGUAGCAUACAUUAUUUUUUAGGGUUAUUUUGUUUGUGUAGUUUCCCCCACUCACACCAAUAUUAUUUUUUGGGGGAAGGGCAUAGCAGGGUGUGGAAAAUCACAAUGGUACAAUAAUGCUAUUGGUUAAGAAGUACAAGACUAAAAUACUGAUGUAAAUGUACUUCUCAAUAAUCAUAUGAAGACGUAUUCCUUUGCAUUAUGGCAUUAUGAAUAUAAAUAUAUAAAUAUAUUUUGUUAUGUACAGAGAUGAAUCAUUAUGCAUGGGUGUUAGGAAAACAAAUGCAAACUAGCAUUUCAUCAGAGAAUUUUAGUGCAUGAGUUCCUAUGGUGACAGAUGUACCAUUGAAUAUGUUGUCUGCUCAUUUCCUCCAUUACUUGUUUCACCAAUCAACAUUUCUCCUACAAUCCUUCCUUUUCCAAUGCCCAGGGAUGUAUUAGUAACUAAAUGGUAAGGAUCUGCUGGAAUAAUUGUACUGUAACCAACUCAUAUUUGCUUCUUUUUAUUUCAUAAUCUUCCUCUCUGAAAUGUAUAUUGUUUGUUUUGGCAUCUCAUUCACAGGUCAUAUACUCUAGUAAACCUUUGGUAGUUUUAGAAUCCUAGAUUAAGCUGACUAUUGAGAGAUCAUUCAGUGUAUUACUCAGUGGUAUAGGCUUGUAUGGGUCUGUUGUGAUUUACAUAAUUUUUCACAAAUAGUGAUCAGUCGUGCACUGCACUGUGUAUCUUUAAAAAGGAGAGCCCCUGAAGUCCAAACAUGCUUCUAAAAGAAACAUUGAUUUAAUGUGGUCUCAUUGAGAUGUUACAGAGCAAACACCCUAAGCAUCAGUUUUAUCUGCUUCCAGCUUGAUGCAUCUUUAUAUUUUUGAGGGAAAUUUCUCAUAGAUUUUAAUCUAUUAUACUGAACAAAUUAAAAUAUGCUUUAGUAGUGUUUCCUUCCCUUAUAAGCAUUUGUUUUUCCUUGUCAUCUGAUGAGAAUAGAUAGAUUUAAUCCUUCGUUGUUAAUACUUUUUAUUCAAGGAUGUUCAUUGUAGAAAUUACAAAACAGCAGAUUAGAAGGAAUUUCUCCCACAAGCCAGUAGUAAUCUGAGGAUAGCAACAGCUCAGAGUCUAACAUAGUUCCUGUUUGAGUAAGGUGGACCAUACAAAAUAACUGAGCCAACUAUUGACCCACCAUUGCUUAAGCAAUAAAAUUUGACUAGCUAUUUUCUUUUGACAACUAGGCAAGUGGAAGAAAAGCUGGUUUUGAGGUGUUGUUAGAGUAUAUUGUUUUGUUUUAAAUAUUUCCCUGUCAAGUUCAUUGAUCUGUAAUACAAUAGUUAUAUGCCCUUAGUUUUUAUCCAUACAAAUUACAUUAAAAAAGGAUCAUAUUAGUACAUGAUCUAUGGCAUAAACACUACACAUAAACAAUUGAUUGUUUUUCCCCCCAAAAUCUACAAUCCCUAAAUGCUGCUUCUGUUUUGUUUUAUUCAGGUAUUUGUUAUUGUGAACUAUUAUAUGCCUGUGAAAUAUUCUGUUGUUCUGCUCUUACCUACGUUUAUAAGCUCAGUCCAAAUAGUUGCAAUCCCUGUGUGUUUAAGGGGAAAAGCAUCUGUAGCAUUUAUAAACUGAGAACAAAUAAGUUUACAUUUCUGACUGUUCUACAUUAGCCUUUCAUCACAGAUACCUUCAUUGUGCGUUAUGUUAUCAUUGAACUGUCACUGAGUGAAAUAGAUCUACUCAUCUAACUCUGAUUAUAGUCGUAAAGAAGUUCCAUAUAAAAAAACCCUCAUGUUUUGCUAUAAAUAGAAAAUUAUUUUUGUGUAUUCAAAAACCAAGCAGAGUUUUUUUUUUUGUAUAAAAACAAAUUUGCCCAGAUUUUUAUCUCAACUGCUAGAGGUAGGUUUCCCAAUUAUGACAAUAACCAUAAAAGUAUCAAUAAACCAAAGAAAAUGUGAUAAGAAUAUAAAAAGCUAAAAAUAAAUAAAAAAAAUAGCUGCAAAUGUCAAAAUCAUUUUGUGUGAUAAUGAACCCUAUUUCAGCCAGAGAGGGCAAUGCAUUGUAUGUCUCUUCACACAUUUAUAGUGACAUUUUGUUGCUGCUAUCCCUGUACAAUAAAUAUGAAGAAUAUAUAUACUAUAUAUAGUAUGUAAACAAGGACAUCUUUGCAAAUUGAUGGUAAUAAAAUGUUAGGAAGAUUGCUUAUAAGGUUGUGCAUUAAUAACGUAUGUAUGUAGUAGUCUGAAAAGUUUGUUUACUUAACUGCUAUAAAAGACAAAUGGAGCAAAGGGCCCAUAGAUAUAAAGGUAAAGAACAGGGCCCUUGUUUAUCUGCUAAGCGUACAAUCUAUUGUCAGCUCUUCUUCAAAAAGCUGUUGAAGUUUCUUGGUGGUGCAAUGUAGUCACCAUUCAAGUAUCCGUCAGUAUUUAUGUAUAGUUCUGAUCAUGUGAUAUUUGCACCAGUGCAAUGUAGCAAUAUACUUCAUAACAAAAUAUGCUGAACAAAUAAUAGUGUAGUGGCUCAGAAGAACGUUAUAGGGUUCGUUUAUCAAGCACUAACGCUAAGGAACUGUGGUUUAAAUGCAAACCAAAUCUAGUAUGGUUUACUGUACAUCAGGUUGCUGUGUUUCCCAUAACAGUUUUACACUGGUCUUUGUUUUUAUUGGUGCUUGUAAGAAGGUCAAUAUUGUUUUUAGAAUCGGGACAGGAUAACAAAAAGUUCUAACCUGUGUAAAAACAAUACUUAUAUACUCACCCUUCCAACACUUAUUGGUUUAUUAGCUCCUUCCACUUUAAAUCAACAUUUCUAUAUAACUAUAUUUGCCUUAGUGUAUAAUAACCUUCAAUAUUUGUUUAUAAAAACAAUAACUACUUAAUAGUCCCAAAAAACGUACUAUAAUGAGACUGAGCAAGGGUUUUUUAAGCCACAGAUUCCAUUAUAAUUAAAGGGACAGUCAACACUAGAGAUAACAUUAUCCGAUAUUUAAAAAUAAAAACGAAGAUCCGCCUGCACCAUACCCCUUUUGUCUUGUCUACUUGCUUCUCCUAGUAAUCAUCGUCGAUAACUUCUAUAAUAUGAUGUAAAUAUGGCAGCCUAACUCCCCCCACCGUUACGUAGCCACCUUCUUCUUCAAAUGAUCAGCCAAUCAGAAUCCAAUCCUCGGUCAGAAAUUGCACGCGCUUGCAAUUUCUGACCGAGGAUUGGAUUCUGAUUGGCUGAUCAUUUGAAGAAGAAGGUAGCUACGUUGACUGUCCCUUUAAUAAUUGGUCAAAUAAGAUAGCUAGACAUUAAUGCAACUGAAUAUUAUUUCUCAAAGAUAAAAAAGUGAAAAUACAGGAGGUUUGUACAAAGGUUUAGAUGAUCACAAUGAAAACUGUAAAGUAGUUAUGUUCUGUAGAAAUUUGUGUAAAUGGUGCUGCACCUAUUAAUGAUACAUAUUGCCCAGUUCACCUUUUUUCUGGUUCUGUUUGUCCCUUUGUGUCAAUGGUAACAUUGUAAAUGUAUAUCAGAGUCUAUCCUGGGAAAUGGGAUUUAUUAACAAUAAAAAUACAGGGAACUACUUUUUCUAAAGGAGUGUACAGGUAGCCCUUAUUUUACACCGGGGUCCUGUUCCUAAAAAAAUCUGUAAAAUGAACCCAGUUAUAAUGUAAGUCAAUGAGAAUUAAAUGAAUUAGGUUCCAGGUCCCUCUCAAAAUUGACAUUAGUAAUGUAAUAUUAUAGUAUAACUUAAUAUAUAUUAUGUGUUAUUAUAUAAUAUCAUGUUAUAUUUAAAGCCCCCAAUUUAAAGGGACAUAAAACUCAAAACAAUUAUUUCAUGAUUCAAAUAGACUAUACAAAUCUAAACAACUUUCUACUUCUAUUAUCACAUUUGCUCUUGGUUUUCUUUGUUGAAGGGGCAGCAAUGCACUACUGGGAGCUAGCUGAACACAUCAAGUGAGCCAAUCAUAAGAGGUAUAUAUGUGCAGCCACCAAUAAGCAGCUAGCUCCCAGUAGUGCACUGCUGCUCCUGAGCCUACCUAGGUAUAAUUUUCAACAAAGUAUACCAUGAAAACAAAGCAAAUUAGAUAACAGAAGUUAAUUAGAAAGUUGUUUAAAAUUGUAUGCUCUGUCAGAAUCUUGAAUAAAAAAAUUGGGUUUAUGUCCCUUUAAUGUUGUAAACGUAAAAAUAGCAAUAUAAAAAUACUUGUUAUGCUCGAGAGGCAUGUUACUAUCCAUCAAUAAGUUAGUGGGGAGUUCUGUUUAUCAGCAAGUGGACAGUCAUGUACACAGAUAUACACUUCCUGUUUGCUUCAAUAUCAAAGAGGCUAGCUUGGAACAUAUUUUGUAAUAUGUUAUUGCUUACCUAUAUGCAUGAUAGCAGUUGUUUUACAGUUUACUGUACUGGCCCUUUAAGAAAGAAAACGAAUGGCAAGUUACUCCCAUGCUGUACACAGUAUUACAGUGCUCUACUGUAAAUGCAAGUGGUAAAAACUCUUCUGCAAAUCGUUUGUUUUCCGCUAAGAAGAAGCCUGUGGAAAAACUUCCUCAGUAAUGGUUACGUGAUCACUUGGAACAGACGCGAUUGGGAAAUGGCGCAAAUUGAACCGGCAUAAAACGAGGGUUACCUGUACACAUAUUUUAAGCAUGUCUUCAAUUCACUUUUUGUUUUGGUUAAAAUUGUAUUUCAUUAUUUUUAACUAUAAUUAAAAUCUCCUUUUGUAGAGCAAACACAUUUAAAGCCACAGGCUAAAGUCUAAUGUCUUCUGUGUCCAUACACUUUGUGUCUAAAACAAAUGAUUAAAUCUAGUAACUAAUAUCUCUUCAUAUUGAUCCUCGAUACCCAUUUAAAGUUCUCCAGUGUGUAUUAAAAAGAGAGUUAUUUUAUGUUAGAUAUUUUCUACCAAAUGAUGUCUGUUUAAAUGUAUGUAAUAAUUUACUUAAUUAUAGAGGAAACAUGGUUGGGGAUUAUAUUACAUUUUCAUGUAAACCUUAAUACUGAGAAGCUCCUCUGCAAAUCUCUUACAGAGACUAAAUCAACAGUUCCUUUGAUAGUAAUUUGGAAAUAGCUGUGUGCAUAGCAAGUAAGGAGGAUCCUUGUAAAGCUGUGUAGUAAGGUACACAUUAAUAAAAGCAUUAUCACUAAGGAUUAUUGUUUUUUGUUGUAUCUUGUUUUGUUUAUAAAGCCAGAGACCAGAUAGUGUUAUUUUGCCAAGUGGAGUUUGUUCAUCUACAACUCAUGCACUUUCUGUUGUAUGUAGGGUUGCCACGUCGGCCAUGUUUUCCUGGACACUUAUGAGUUAUACAUGCUGCAGGGUGUGCAUGAAUAGUGCUGCUCGGUGUCACUAUUUGUGUGCUGUUCCGAGUUUAAAUUCAUGUUCCGCACUGCAACAUGUAUAACUCAUAAGUGUCCAGGAAAACAUGGCUGAGGUGGCAACUCUAGUUGUAUGACAGGUUUUUAGAGUAAUCAAUAGGGUUUUUUUUGUUUGUUUUUUUCUGAAUAUUUUUAAUGGGCACUGCCAUGGUUAUGAAAUUCACUUUUAGAAAUAAUGCAUAGAUUUAUUGCAUUGUUUUAAGCAGGAGUGACUUAAAAUGGACAUCAAUGUGUAAAAAGAAAAUGCUCUACUGAUUGCACAUAACUAUGUGUUUAACCCCUGCAAAAAAUAAACACAAAGUCAGAGCAUUAAAGGGAUAUAAAACCUAAAAUGUUCUUUAAUGAUUCACAGAUAGAUGAAACCAUUUUAAACAACUUUCCAAUUUACUUCUAUUAUUUACAGUAAUUUGCUUCAUUUUCUUGAUAUCUUUUGUUGAAAGGGCAGUGAGCUAGCAGAAAGCCAAUGUCACGAAGCAUAUAUGUGCAUCCACCAAUCAGCAGCUUCUGAGCCUACAUUAGUAUACUUUUCAACAAAGGAUACAAAGAGAACAAACCAAAUUAAAUAAUAGAAGUAAAUUUGAAAGUUCUUUAAAAACUCAGGCUCUGUCUGAAUCAUGAAAGAAAAAAAAAAUCUGGGUUUCAUGCAUUACUGAGACCUAGCUUAACAUAUCUGGUGAGCCAAUGACUAGAAGAAGAUGUGUAACUACCAAUCACCAGUUACCUAUUAGUAGUGCAUUAGUGCUCCUGAGCCUACCUAGGUUUGAAUUUCAAUAAAAGUUAUCAAGAAAACAAAGUAAAUUUGAUAACUGAAGUAAAAGGAAAAGUCUAUUAAAAGUGCAGACUCUAUCUGAACCAUUUUACUUUAAUGUCCCUUUAAUUCUCCAUACCAUUGGUACAAAGCCUUAUAUUUGGGUUCAUCAGUACUUUGUACUUUUUUUUUUUUUUUUGCUAGCACUUAAAAUUCAAUGCUAAACUCAAACACAGAUUUUGCACAAAGUAGAUAUCUCUAUGUCAAAAACAUUUUUAUUUCCAUGUUUUUAAUGGAAGGAAUUUCACACUCACUGCUGUUUUACAGUUUCCUUGUCAUAUGAAGUGUCUUCUAAUGUACGCAGAGUGAAUUUACACUAAUUACCAUGUGAAAGCAAGCGCCUCACAACUCAACUACCUUUAGCCAUCAAUAUGAUUCGGAAAUCUUACCCUUUUAUUUCCAAUAGAAAAAUCAGUGCUUUUAAUCCACUUGGUGUUAAUAGGUAUUGGCUUGUGUUAUACAUUUUAAAUUGUAAUCUAGUUUGUAAAACAGAUGGUGAUGCAUGUAAAUAAAGCAUAAUGAAUCUCUGAAUUCA